AAGUCUGGACGAGAGUCCGCUGGAGGAGAGUGAGGAGAGAGGAGGAUACAGGAAACCACCAGGAAUCUGCUCAGCUUCAUAGACUCAGCCUCCAGCAACAUCAAACUGGCUUUAGACAAGCCAGUCAAGUCCAAAAGGAAAGUCAACCACCGCAAGUACCUGCAGAAGCAGAUCAAGAGAUGUACAGGCUUCAUCAGUCCAACAGGGAACCCAGCAGCAGCUCCAGGGGCCAACAGGAGAAAAGUCUCUGGCUUUCCCACCCAGACCCAGACCCAGCUUCAGACCCAACUUCAGACCCAACUUCAGACCCAGCCCAGCCCAUUCCAGCAAGGCAAACCCGUCCACAAGCGGGACGGGCUACAGGCCAACCUCCAGACCAAGAGCCUGGCUGCCCUCUUUAACUCUGUCAAGGAGCCUGUCAAGGGGGAGAGAGCCAAGAAGCCUCCCCUGAGGCACCGUAACCUUCCCCCAUCCUUUUUCACUGAGCCGGCCAACACGACCACCUCUCGAGUCACGUCCACCUCGGGCAUGUUCCUGGGUGAUCUGGAACGGGGAGGGGGGAACCCGGACUUCUUUGACCUGCUGGGGCCGGACUACUGUAACAUGCUCAGUGAUCAGGACGUGUUUCAGACUCGCGGCCUGCCCAGUAGGAUCCUCGACCAGGACAUGUUUCAGACUCGGGGCCUGCCCAGUAGGAUCCUCCAGCACCAGCAGACUCAGGACAUAACAGACCAGGUAUCGCCCUCACGACCCUCACCAUCUAGUGGGAGGAUUCUUGUAUACAGAGCCUUGCUGGAUUACCUCUUCUCCUUCUAA